GAGCGACGUUUGUCUUCGGGGCAAACGUGAGAAAUCCGCAAAGACGCUGACGUCAUUUGAUCCGUACGAGAGACGUUGGAGUGACUUGAGUUCGGACCACGUCGGGUUGCGUUCACGUACCCGUGAGUUGUUGAGGGAGGAGGCGGGCAGAACUCCAGGGGGCGGGUAGGUUACCCUCUGAGGAGCAAGCAGCAGGUGCACGAAGAAGACUCCGCCCUGCACACCGGGCUGGUCGAUAAAUUCGCGUUGAUACGAGCGAAAACAAGAAAGUGAGUUUGUUUUGGGGGGGUUGAAAAGCGUAAGAGACUCUUCCUCGCGCCCCGUCUCUCCCGCGCGCCAACAUGGAGAUAAAGAGUAGAAGUGAACGUUGACGCAAACGUAACGUUACCUCGAGUGUGACCUCGAGAUACACGGACGUUGUAAACUUUUGCGUUUGAUUUCUUCUCGUGGAGAGAAAAAGCCCCGACUGGAUUAUUACAUGGUGAGACUCUCCCCAAACACAUCGCCAGGAUAUCGGUCGAGCAGAAGAGGCCAUGGAGGAGAAGGACAAAGCGGCCGCUGGGCUCCGCUCCCCGGAGGGUAAAGCCCGGGACCGAGUGGGCAGCACGGAUCCGUACGGCUUUCAGCGCCCAAAGCACUUUGACUAUGAGUUAUAUGAGGAGCUCAUGUCAGAGUAUCUCGUUGUGCUCACCCGACGAUCCAUCAAGUGGUCCAAGCUGCUGAAAGGAAAAAGCAAGGUGUCGAGGAAUGUAAAACUAAAGCGCUACGUACGUAAGGGGAUUCCCAAUGAGCACCGGGCCCUCAUCUGGAUGGCAACCAGUGGGGCUCAGGACCAGCUAGAGAAGAACCCGGGACGCUACCAGUCCCUGCUGAGAGCCCAGCACGAUCCCAAACUGGCAGAGACCAUCUGCACAGACUUGAACCGAACAUUUCCGGACAAUGUCCAGUUUCACAAGACAUCCAACCCAUGUCUGCAGAAAGCUCUGUACAAUGUGCUGCUGGCUUAUGGCCACCACGACCCAGCUGUGGGAUACUGUCAGGGGAUGAACUUCAUUGCUGGGUAUCUUCUUAUCAUCACAAAGGAUGAAGAGAAGUCCUUCUGGCUGAUGGAUGCACUACUCGGUAGAAUAUUACCAGACUACUACACUCCAGCCAUGCUGGGGCUGAAGACGGACCAGGAGGUGUUGGGGGAACUGGUGAGAGCUAAAAUCCCCGGAGUGUGGCGGACGAUGACGGACAACGGCGUGAUGUGGACCCUGGUGGUCUCCCGAUGGUUCAUCUGUCUCUUCAUAGAUGUCCUGCCAGUCGAGACGGUCCUGCGGAUUUGGGACUGCUUGUUCUACGAGGGCUCUAAAAUCCUGUUCCGUGUAGCUCUGACACUGAUCCACCACAACCAGGCUCUGAUUGAAAAGGCCCGGUCGCUGCCGGACGUCUGCGAGAACUUCAAGCAAAUCACCCAGGGACCAUCUGUUGAAGACUGCCAGGCUUUUAUGAAGAAAAUCUUCAUUGAACCAGGAAGUCUCUCCACAGCAACCUUGACCAAGCUGCGUGGGACAUGCAGAUCUCGCUGCGUUGCAGAAGAAUCCUGAACUAAUCUGGACCAACUGCUGCUCAAAUUGAAAACACAUUUCACUUCUCUGGGCCACUCGUUUGCACCUUUUUUACCGACAAAGUGACUAUUUCAUACUGCUGAGUUGUUUUUGUCUUGUAAACGUUUUCUAUCCUACAAAGUGUAAAUAUGUGCUUUAGUGAGAUUAUUCUUGGCUAUGUGCUCUAUGAGUUUGGACCAUUCCAUUUGAAGUUAACAUGUAGUUUAUUCCGCUUUUGUUAUGUUUUGCACUUUACCCCUGAAAGUCGAACACUGUAGAGAAGAGGUCCGGUCAGUGGAAGCACAAACAAGAGGCCCACUGUCUUUCAUACGGUUAGUGAAGACUCGCUAUAAUCUCAUUCUGUGCUUAUUCUUUUUUCAUCAAAUGCUUCCAAUCCUCGAUCAUGAAUUCAAGUGCACUACGAUAAAAUUAUGUAUAAUUGAAAGGGUGACAAUUGUAUUCACUUUGUUCAUGUUUAUCACAUCAACCCAUAUGUAGUGUAACAUGAAAUCCCUCAAUCCAUUAAGAUGUUUAUUGACUUUCAGAAAGAUGCAUGAUAGAAAAUGAGAUCGAACCAUUUCUAUAAAUAAUAAAAUUAAAUCCCUAUUCAAAAACAUUUCUU